AUGGUCGAUGGCGAGUCCUCACGCGGACGAGGCAGGGGACGAGGACGAGGACGAGGAUUCAGGGGAGGCCAAAAUCACUUCCAGCACGACAAUCGCACAGACAAUCGCUCACGAGAGCCGGCGAUCGACAAAGAAACCCUUGAAAGACUCAAAUCAAAUCCGUCAUAUCCGCUGAUGGAGGGCUUCCUGGGACGACGCUACGAUGCAACCAACAAGUUGUUGAACUUAUCAACUAUCGCCGGCGACCAAGAAAUUCUCCAAUCCGGCAUGUUCGCAUCGGAAGGCGCACAAAAGAAGUUCUUUCCCGCCCUCAUGAUUGUUUGCGACGCCAUUCUCGAGACGCAAGAAGCGAAAGAAGCAGCAAUCCACAGCGUCACACUCGCCGGCAACAACCUCCAAAACACACACGCCGUCUACCAACUCUGCAACCACUUCCGCCACAUCCAAAACCUGGAUCUAAGCAACAACGCUUUCGCGACGCUUGACGCCUUAAAGCCGUGGAAAGGCCGCUUCAGAAACGUCGAACACCUCAUCGUCGACCCGUUUCCCAACCCGAACUGGCAAGACGAAAUUGUCUCGUGGUUCCCAAAACUGAAAAUCUUGAAUGGCAAUCAGGUCCGUUCUGACGCGCCGGCAAACAAUAACGCAGCAAACGCACAGCAAAUACCGGCUACUACCACACCAACACCCACACCUGCAAUCGUCGACCCCGAGCAGCAGAGGAAGGAAGAGAUGAUUCUCUACGUUCAGCGCGAAACCAAUCUUAAGCGCGACUACGCUAUUCAGUGCCUGGAAGCUGGACAGUGGAAUAUCGAGCAAGCUGGCGCCCUUUUCGCACAGAGUCGCGAGUCUCUGCCAGCUGAAGCAUACAACUAG